GCCAACCUCAUCAAUGAGCCGUUGGUGGUAUUUGUCUGUGCAACCACCGGCCAGGGUGACCCACCUGACAACAUGAAGAUGUUCUGGCGGUUUCUGUUCCGGAAGAACCUGCCACCCAGUUCCCUCUGCCAGCUGGACUACGCUGUGCUGGGCCUUGGCGACUCCUCCUAUCCCAAGUUUAAUUUUGUUGCGAAGAAGCUGCACAAACGGGUGCUACAGCUUGGGGGCAACCCUCUGCUGCCGGUGGCAUUGGGAGAUGACCAGCAUGACCUGGGGCCAGAUGCAGUGGUCGAUCCAUGGCUCCUGGCCUUAUGGGACAAGAUCCUCGCCUUGUAUCCUCUCCCUCCUGGCCUUGAGAUCAUCAGUCCAGAUGUAUGCCUGCCCCCAAAAUACACCCUGCACUACCUGACUGAGGACUCCCCGCACCCCGAUGGUGGCCUGAUCCAGGUGACAGCACCCAGGGCUGUUCCCUCCGAGUUGCAUCCCUUCACUGCCCAGAUGGUGUCCAACCAGCGGGUCACGGCAGAAUCCCAUUUCCAGGACGUCCGGCUCAUCGAGUUCGAUGUCAAAGGCUCAGGGAUCACGUUCAGCGCAGGGGACGUGGUGAUGAUCCAGCCCCAGAACUGCCCCGAAGACGUGCAGCAGUUCUGUCAGCUCCUGCGCCUGGAUCCAGACAGUCUCUUUGUGCUGAAGCCCACAGAGCCCGGCGCAUCCCUCCCUGCCCUCUUGCCACAGCCCUGCACCAUCCGGCACCUGGUCACCCACUACCUGGACAUCUCCUGUGUUCCGCGGCGCUCCUUCUUCGAGCUCUUGUCCUAUUUCUCUACGAAUGAGCUGGAGCGGGAGAAGCUGCAGGAGUUCAGCUCUGCGCAGGGCCAGGAAGAGCUGUACAGCUACUGCAACCUGCCCCGCAGGACCACUCUGGAUGCGCUUUGGGAUUUCCCUCACACCACGUGUGCCAUUCCCCCCGAAUACCUGUUGGACCUCAUCCCUCGCAUCAGACCCCGCGCCUUCUCCAUCGCCUCCUCUAUGCUGGCUCACCCUGACCGGAUCCAGAUCCUCAUGGCAGUGGUGCGGUACAAGACGCGGCUCAGCAAACCCCGCCGUGGUCUCUGCUCUACCUGGUUGGCUUCUCUCAAGCCAGAGCAAGGCAAUGUUCGGGUGCCUCUGUGGGUGAAGAAAGGAGGAAUGAAGUUCCCAGCUGAUCCUGACACCCCCGUGAUCAUGAUUGGCCCUGGCACAGGGGUGGCACCUUUCCGAGCAGCGAUACAGGAGCGGGUGGCACAAGGAUGUAGAGGGAACUGCUUGUUCUUUGGCUGCCGCCAGAAAUCCAAGGACUUCUUGUGCCAGGCGGAGUGGGAAGAGCUGGUGGCGCAGGUUUCUGCCUUCUCCAGGGACCAGGAAGAGAAGGUUUAUGUUCAGCACCGCAUCCGGGAGAACCAAAGGCUGGUGUGGGAGCUGCUGAGCAACAGGAGCGCUCAUGUCUACCUGGCUGGGUGAGUGAAGCAGAUGCCGGCAGCAGUGGCCGAAGCCCUGCAGUCAGUGUUGCAGCUGGAAGGUGGCCUGUCGCCCUCUGAAGCAGAGGAGUAUUUAACAGCCCUGGAACGGUCCCAGCGCUUCCAGUCUGAAACCUGGUCGUAA